AUGAUGUCGUACGAUUGUCCGCAUCCAGUUUCGAGAACGUAUCGAUACAAAAAGAUAACGAAACCACUAUUGGAACGAAAAAGACGAGCACGUAUAAAUCAAUGUCUCGACGAACUGAAAGAUCUCAUGGUGGAUGCACACGAAACGGAAGGUGAAAAUAUCAGUAAAUUGGAAAAGGCAGAAAUUUUAGAAUUGACGGUACGACAUUUGCAAAGAUCACAAGCUGCUCGUGCCGCCGGUUUGUUUCCUGGUAUUUCAACAACGUCAACGGCAACGUUAACAACAACAACUAUAACAACAACAACAACAACAACAGCAUCAACAACUACAACAACAAGAAUGACGACGAUAAUAAACGACGAAACUACUGCCGAAAGCCGAUGGCAAUCUGGUUUUGGACAUUGCGCUACGGAAGCUUGCAGAUUUUUAGCUGCACUACCUGGCAAAGCAGCAGAAAACUUGGCAAGGCAUCUAGCCGUAGGUCUUCAAAAUAAUUCCAAGAUCAACUCGUUAAACAUCAAUCCUAAUCUUUCAACGACGUUAAUCGAUCUGGAUCAUAGUACUUUGAUCUCUUGUCCUUGUCCGAUCAGUCCAAUUUCUCCAACCGAUAUGAAUAUUCCAAUUUCUGUUAAUAAAAUGGAUCAAUCAAUCGAUGUUAAAACAGGUACUUUUAAAAGUACUUCUAAUUUAAUAGAAACAACGAUAGGCUCGUUGGAAGAUUGUAAAAGAUAUCACGAUAACGAUCAGAUUAAAUUAGCAUUGAUUAAAGAAAAUCGUAAAAAUUCAAUGGUCAAACGUAAAACAAUCAAUCCGCAAAGAAUGAAUAUGGAAGAAGAAGAGGAAAUUGACGUUGAACGGGUGGAUGAUGAUGAUCUCAUGUGGAGACCAUGGUAG